GGAUCGCACGACGCCCUGAGUACGCACUUCCAAGUCGGUAUAAAAAUCCGCGCCACCGCAAGGGUCACUAUCAGUCGAGUGUCGUUAAACGAUCCAAACGCUUCUUUCGCCGUCGACGUGCAGCCAACCCAAUUAGUAAACAUGAAAUUCCUGAUCAUGACCAUCUGCCUCGUGCUUCUGGCUGUCGCACUGGUAUCUGCGCUACCCGCCGUGAACGACGAGAGUAUCUUCGGAGCUGAUGGAGCCGCUGACGAUACCGUGAACCCUCAGGAUCCGCAGGCUAUUCUGCUGAAGAAGCUGUUGCUCAAGAAAAAACUGCUGUUGCUGGGUUGAACAGACAGUAGGAACCGAGUCGCGUCCGACGGUUGGAUAGGCUGCCAGGAGCAGUGUCUGCCUGAUGGAUGCGGCUCGGAUCAAGUUUAGCGACAUAAGAAAUGAUUAUUAUUUUGGAUUUUUUUUACAAAACUGAUGCCUGAUGCCAAGACUAAGUAAUAACGAUUAUUUUUAAUGAUCUGCCACUCGUACAGUAUUCUUGGAUAUGAGCGCAAAAAAAAUGUUUUCAUUUUGCGCUACAUUGAAACUGCCAGUCAAAUAGAUCGAUUGUACAAGCCAAAUAAAAUAUAAGAUUUUUAACAAACGAAA